AUGAAGAGAAGUCAACCAGAACAACUCGAAAGUAUCAUCGACAAAUACACAACAAGCUUUAAAACCCUGCCAACGGACUUAAAAGGUGAAAAUUUGGAGUUAUAUUGCUAUGACCUUAUUAACUCGGUGAAUGCGCUCUCGUCGGGUAUGACGAGUGAUUUGGUCGAUAUCCUUCAAAAGAAAGGGAUUAUGCCGAUCCUUUACGAACAACUGUUGAACGACAAGACCCGCGAGAUGCUCCACGCCGAUUUGCUUUCUUUCAUUCAUGUGAUGUAUUUGAAAUUGGAAGACAUCUUGGCAAAACAAGACAAGCUUCUUAUUUUAUUGAUUAACGAAUUGGUCCAACUUAAAGACAUUAAAGAAGACCAAACAGACGAAACAUUGUUGUUGUCAGCAUUAACAACUUUGUUAGCAGACUUCUGCGAGUACUCUCCAGAGUACUCUUCCACUGUCACCACUUCUCAAGUCUUAGUCCCACUCAUUCACAUGUUAAACCCUACCACCUUCCCAUACUCAAUCCCUAUUAGCUCCGCAAGGUUACUCAUCGUAUUGACAGACGAUAACCAACUCUUCACAGAAAUGUUGACACAGAAAGUCCCAAAUUACUUUGAUAUCUUGACUGGACUCUGUAAAGCAGACUAUCCCGACUUUCUUAAAAUAUACUACGCCACUAUUCUGAAUAACAUUCACCCAAUCAUGAACAAAACCCUCCCUUCGAUCCUCCCAGUACUCGAGAAGUUAAUAAAAGCUGAGGUACUCGAGAAUUAUAACAAAACUCGAGAUAUCGGGAAGGACACCCCAGACAUCUUUAUUAUCAAAAAUGAAGAGAAAGACAACGCUACAAAACUUGCAGAAGCUUUGAAGAUUGCUCUCGAGUUACUCACAAACGUCUCGACAUUCGACGAAAAACCAAAUGGUGAGAUCAAAAAGUAUCUCGAGACCUCACAAGCGAUUGGAGUUUUGUGUGAAUUGGUCAAGACAAAAGCGGUUCAUGACACUUUUAUGGUGUCGUUGAUCGAAACGGCAUUCAGUUGUUUAAACAAUGCACUUCUUGUGGUCGACCCCAGCUUCCAAAUUACUAUCGAAGAUAAGAAAGUGUUGCUUUCGGACACACUCUAUUUGGUUCUAAAAGACGUCAUUAAGGAGAACGCAGACCCGCAAAAUGACUCAGUGAAACAAACUCUGUUAGACGGUGCUUUGAUGUGUCUCCACAGACUCUUGUUGAAAGAAACUCGAGCGCUUCCUGUCAGUGCAUUUGAAAUUGUUUGGACCAUCAUCGAAAAGUACUCCAAAUAUGCACAAGACAAGCUCCAAAUGGACGGACAGACUGUCUGCACUUUAUCAUAUAUCUGUUCUAUACUUGGGAAACUCAAAGAUGCUCCGUUGACUCAAAUCGCCGUCUUUGUGAAGAACGCACUCCAAGUAACUUUAAUGGAAUCCACGGAAGUUCUGUACGAUGCAAUUCUGAAUGUGGUAGUUGAUGUGUUCCCAGAAGUGGAGUGCAACGCUGUUUUAAUUCAAACUGAGUUGUACAAAAUAGUGAAAGAGCACUACAAAGCCUUCAUGAACUACUCUUUGGAACACAUCAGAGAGGACGACAACUCUCUCGAGGAGGUCAUCAACAAUUUGGAGAACUUCAUUGAGUACAAAAGUAAGCAAGGUCUUUGA